UCAGCUAGUACACCAAAGCCGUCGACUCUUUCAAGUUUGCUGGUUAGGCCAUCUACGACACCGAUCUUAAUGAAUCUACGCGUCCUUGUAUCUUCUCUCCAGAUAUUCGCAAUCAGUUCUUCCACAAUUUGCAGAUGAUUUGGCGAUCGAUGUAUCCAUCCAACAGGCCCAUAGCCACCUUGUGCGAUCGUUCUACUGAAACGAAUUCAAAGGGUUUCGUUCAAGUUCUUCAGAUAGGGCAGAGAAAAGUCAAGCUGGCCGACUUGACGAUGUCGAAGGGCUGAGACAAUGCCUCUGUCGCACCAAUUCUAGGUGAACUCUCGAGGCGUACACAUAUAUGGAUCGUGCGGCUGAUCCUUAACAUUGACCUUCUGCUCCCAAGGAUGCGCGACCAUCCCAUCGUACUUGUGACGGAAGACGGAUGCGUUUCUGGCGUUGAAUGGUUACUCACGCAACGAGACUGUCUCACGCAAUUGUCGCUUUUCGCAAGACCCGAGCACGUCUCUCCGUGCCGUCGAUCGUAUUCGCACCGCGCUCAACAGCAAUCAAGCCUGCUGCGAACUGCUACUGAGUGCGUCGAAAGGGAAGGACGGCAUACGGGAUGGGCUUCAUAACCGUGACAUUUCACCUCCUUCCCGAUUCACGGACUUCGCAAAGGCAGGGCAGCCCUUGCGCGUAUACAAAUUGAGAGAUGGCCAGCACAAGAGCAAAAGCUGGCUGCUU